UGUCUGCGCCCUUGAGAAAAAUCACACGAAUUUGGAGAAAAUCAUGUUUUAUGCGAAAAUGGAUGCGUUCGAAUAGAAGUGGAAUAGAGUGGCUGCAGAUAUAUUCAAAUAAUUAUCAAAUUUUUCCUUUUACAAAAUCAUAUUGCACAAAUCCUGGUCCACAACCUGGUGCAAACGAGAAGGUGUACAUAACAACACCUAUCUUUUAUGUUAACGCUGCACCCCACAUAGGACACCUUUAUACAGCGCUGCUAGCAGAUGCAAUGGCCAGGUUUCACAGACUUCAUGAAAAGGAAGUUAUAUUUUCAACUGGAACUGAUGAACAUGGACUGAAGAUUCAGACUUCUGCAGAUAAACACAAUAAAACUCCAAGGUUGUAUUGUGAUGAAAUAUCUGGCAAAUUCAAGGCAUUGUUUGACAGGGCAGGUGUAUCAUACAGUCAUUUCAUAAGAACAACAGAUGAAACACACCAAAAAGCUGUUGAAAAUUUAUGGACAACACUAGUAAAGAAAGGCUUCAUCUAUAAAGGGAAGUAUGAAGGCUGGUACUCGAUAUCAGACGAGGAAUUCCUAAGUGAAGAGGAGGUCUGUGAUCAGAAAAUGGAGUCCGGGGAAAACCAGAAGGUGUCGGUCAUCAGUGGGCAUCCAGUGGUGUGGAUGUCCGAGGAAAACUACAUGUUUAGACUGACCGACUUCAAGAAACAGCUGAUUGACUGGCUCAACACUGGAGUGAUAUACCCAGAAGAGAAGAGAUCCCAGGUAGACUUAGCUCUGAGGAAUCUAUACGAUUUGUCUGUGUCUCGGAGCAGCUCCAGGUUAUCCUGGGGAAUUCCUGUCCCUGGGGACUCCUCUCAAACCAUUUAUGUGUGGUUGGAUGCCCUGAUGAACUACCUGACAGUAGUGGGAUACCCUGGUUCCCUGCAGAGCUGGCCACCAGACUACCAGAUAGUGGGCCAGGAUAUACUCAAGUUCCAUGCUAUUUAUUGGCCAGCUUUCUUGUUAGCUGCAGAUUUAGAGUUACCCAAACAGAUUGUUUGUCAUGCCCACUGGACUGUUGAUGGGUACAAGAUGUCAAAAAGCAGGGGCAAUGUGGUGGAUCCAGAGGAGCGUAUGGACAGAUUGACUGAGGCAGGAUUCCGAUACUUCCUGCUCAGAACUGGGACAGUGUUUACUAAUUGUAAUUAUAAUGAUGAUGUUGCAAAAGACAUUAUAAAUGCUGAGAUUGUGAACACAUAUCUAAAUCUCCUGUCCAGAACUUCGUCAACAUCUAUAAACAAACAGACUAUCUUCCCCUCCUUUAAUGAAGAGGCUUUCCUGACAUACUUCACAGAAGAAGAAAGAAACAUGUUUAAUAGCUUACCAAAUUUAAUAGAGAUUUGUAAUUAUCAUUACAAGGGCUUAUUGUGUCACAAAGUAUCGGAAGCCAUUUUUGAAUACCUCCGAUGGAGUAAUAAACUGUUUAAUGACCACGAGCCAUGGCGACUGUGUAAGGACCCAGAUAGUGAGAGCCAUGUACGCUGUGUGCUACAUCUGAACAUGGAGACAAUGCGAGUGUGCUCAAUUCUGUUACAACCGCUGAUUCCAGAUAUAGCCAAUCAAGUGUUGGACAGAUUGGGGAUCAGUGAGGGACACAGACUGAUCAGACAUUGUAAGGAGAGGAGACAAGGUCACAGAGAGAGGGACCACCCUCUUAGUCUACAGAAAACUCAUAUCAUGCAGAGAAUUAAAUAACAAAUAGAGCACCGAUUAAACACUGUAAAAUCAAA